CUUACGGUUGAUUGAUGGCGCCGCCAGUCGUCAGGAAGCAGCCGCGGCGUGAAUUACGUCGGUCCCGUGUAGGAGUUUGUUCUUCAUAUUUCACAAUGCCUGCCGCGAGGGCUAAGAGACAACGUCGAGAGUGCACUAUACUUGCCGAGCUUGCACGAAAACAGAAGUUGAAGGAAGCAAGAAAGCAGGCGAAAGCCAAGAAACGCCAAGCAGACAUGCGUAAAGCAGCUCGGGAAGGUCGACAUGAUAUCAGUCUCGUCUACAACAAUGCUGCUGGAGUACCUGUUGCUGUUUCUCUCGACCAUUUCAUGGCAGGAAAACAUUCACACAAACCAGAAAAUUACCAGUUACGACACGACAACCACUUGACAUUUGUACUGGAUGCCUUGGCACGUGAUGAAUUUUUCAUGGAUGUUACCUUAACAGCUGAAGGACACUCUCUUAAGGCUCAUAAGUCCGUGUUAUCAGCUGUCAGCCCAUAUUUUCGAGGAGUUUUGCGAGAUAAUCCAUGUCAGCAUCCCGUCAUUAUCAUGCCUCGAGAUGUGCGCUUUGAAGAACUUUCCAGUAUUGUUAAUUAUAUAUACAAAGGGGAAACUACAGUGGCAGCAGAAGAUUUAAUUUCAUUUAUGAAAACAGCAAAGAUACUGCAGAUCUCGGGUUUAGCACAACACGAUUUCUCAGCCAAUGUAAAUCCUCACGUUGACUGUUCAGCGGCAGGAGAUGCUCGAUCUUCUUCUUCUGCCUCUUCUAAUCUUCCUUCAGUAUCUGGAACUUCAAGAUUGGUUACAACAACAACAACCGAUCAAAUGGAAACCCCACCUGCAAGACCCAAAUCAAGAGAGAGCAUGAUCAGUCUGACAGACUGUAUAGAUGUAGACAUGCCAUAUGUAAAAGAGGAAGUUGAGAAUGCGAAUGAAGAAAAUAAACAAAUUUUUCGAGAAUCUUCUUUGCAUACUCCUGAAGUUGUAGGGAAUGGUGAUCAAGAAUUGCAACAGAGCUCAUCAGCAUUGUCACCGUCACAUGAUGCAGGCCUUGAACAACCAGUAGUUUCUACCAGUUCAACUCCUCCUUCCCCAUUACCCAUAAAUUCUGACUCGGAAACAUGUAUAGAUUCAUAAGGAAACCUUACCACAGAAGAUCUACAUCCUUUUAUAUGUCCACAUUGUCAAGAGCAUCACAAAUAGGGAAACUAUGAUUGCCCAUUUGAGUCAGGCGUCCCACUGAAACGGAAAGGUCUAACUCAGCCUUGUGAAUGUCUACCCCUCUCUGACCGACCUGUAAAACUCCUCUACUACUGAUGGUGAAAAGGAAGACAGUAAGGAAUGUAAUGGAAAAAGGAGUAGUGAGGUAAUGAGUAGUGAUAGAAAACAGGAGGUUCAAGGAGGAACUGAGGUAGAGAGGUGGGAGAGAAUAGAAAACGAGGACCGAACGGGAAGAGGGAGUCAGAUGGAAGAGAAUAGAAAAUGGGGGAUUAAAGUAGAGAAGGAAAGGGGAGAUGAGAGAAGGAAGGAGUAGGAGGAUAAAUAUAUAGCAAUACUUGUUACUAAUGCUGCUAGCCUCCUGUCAUUUUACAAUCAUUUUAAACACCUGAAUAGUGCAGACAGGAAAACGCUGCUUUACUGAAUUUACUAAAUUAAUUCCCGAGAGUGGACACCUCACGGGGUGGGAGGAGUGUGAUCACACCCUACUCUCGCUUGCCUCUUCAUCGCUCGCCCCUUUCUUCCUUACCCCUCGCUACACGUCUUGUCUCUAAUAUGAUCUUACCCGAGACAACAGUGCUCAUUACUACUAUCUCUAUUCAUGAAACAUAAAGUAAGUGACUCGACAAACUCAAUGUAAAUUUAACAGAACACUUUUACCAAACACUUCGAAUGUACUAAUCAAGUCAUGGAAUUUUAAAUUCACUGUAGGAAUUUAACAUUAGAAUUAAUUAAAAGGAGUAAUACGAACACACCACACACCUUCACCCAUACAUGGUUUUAUUGGCUCGGACUACACUUAUAUUUACUAGGACAUUGAUCAAGACUGGCACUACUGACAUACACACCUCUAAGUUUACCCAGGGGUGGGUGAUGGCUGGUAACCUGCCAGGUUGGAGGAGCUGGCUAGUAUGUCCUCUCUCUCUCUUGCUGUGGUGUUCCCUCUGACUGAUCUAAAUGCCCGAGCCCAACCUGCUAGGGUGUACUGUCAACUCUGGUCCUUAUAUGAACCGAAACAUGCUAAAUUGAUCCUUACAGAACUCUGCUGGCAAGCUAGUACAAGGCUCUUCUGUCGGAGUAUGGCUGACCCUUCAGAUGCCAGCCAGUGCCUCGCUCUCCCAAGCGCUCCACCACCUCACACUGUCAUGCACAAACGCACGCGCACAACCACACACAUUUAAUACUCGCAACUCCCAACUACACUCUCGGAACAGUGAAAUACACUUGGGCUGUUACUCCACUAAACCCAGUUUUACCUGUGGAUGUGGUCAUGUAUAUACUCAACAAAUGCAUCAGCAGGCUCAUGUAAUUGAUUGUUUUAGUUCACCUUAAAUUCUGAAGUUUAUUAAACUAGAACUUUAUUAAAUGUUUCAUAAAACUUAAUUGCUGUAACAUCCAGUUAAUUCUUAUUUAUAUCCAUCUUUACUGCUUGUGGGGAAUUUUUUAAAAUUUGCAUACUUUAAAUUAUUAACUUAUUAGUUUACUUUAAUAUUACUAAUUAAGAAUGGACUGUAAUUUGAAAGUUGACUAUUUUGCAAAAUGAACUGCAUUUCAUUAAUUUAUCUAGCUUGGUGUUAUCCAACUCACAAGUUUGGGGGGGUUUAUGUAUGCAGCCUACUAAUUACAUAAAUUAACUAACAGUAUGUUACUGAGUUAGUUUACUACUACAUAGGUUAAAGAACAUUUAAACAGCUUAGCUGUUGAUUAUAGUAGGAUUUGGUCAUUCAGCCGUGCACGUGUCCUGAUCAUGUGAGCCGCGUCAUUCUGGGUCAAAGCAAUAUGGUGUCUAGACAAGAUAUCGGCAGAUAAUUGAUUCGUGGUAGCUAUAUCCUUCCCCUCGAUUUCACCUAUGAAUAAAUUACAUCAUAACACAAGCAGUAAGGAUCUGAGGUAUAUAUAAAUAGAAAGGGAUUGCUGUUAAUAUAAUAAUGCUCACCCGUUUUGGGUGGGCAGCCUACGUAAUAACCAAUUGACCUAUAGCACUAGUGAUAACUCUAACUUGUGUCAAUCGGAACUAGAACACAUCUUUAUGGCUAGCGAAGGUUUGUAGAAAUAUGGUAACAGGAGACUCUAGAGUCCCACAACUCUAUCUUACCACAACUUAUCUUCGCAGGAAGGUCUGGAGAACUCGCUCAGAUGUGUCCUCUGCUACCUGGUGGUGUGUACAAUAAUGGCGUGGCGUCUCCCUACCUCUCACGGAUCCUAAUUCGUCUUUAUCGACUUUGGGAUAUUGGCCAUGUAUUUACUGUUUGUUUAAUUAAAUUAAAUCCUGAAGAAUACUUUAUCAUUCGUAGUUUUGUAUUCUCGCAAGAUAGAUAUGGGAUGUAAAUAGCGGAUUUGCUUAUGUGGCACCAUUCCAUUUUCUCUGGAAUGUUACUAAAUCUGAUCUGUGAUAAAAGCUAUUAAGUGAUAUUAGUAGGUUCCUGGCAUAGGAAUUUUUACUUGGUAUGCCAGGUGUUAGUAAAUUUGGUAUCAAAAUUUCUGACACUGCUGAAGUCCAAAGGAUAAAACUUGUACGAUUGUCCCUUUUCUGGGGAGGGCUCACUCAUUAGGUCCCCGAGCUAAUCGCUGGUCCAGCCAUGCCGAGGGAAGAUGCACAGUCUCUUGAGACCCACUAUUGUCUUCUGGCACCAAGGACCAGAAUCUGGCUCUGAAAUCAGAGGAUCUUCAGAGAUCAUAUAGCAAUCCCAAAACCAAGAAGAAAACAUCGGAAAGCAUUAGCAAAACAAAACGAGCAACUACAUAAAGACAAUAAGGUACCAAAGGGUACCGAGGUAAAUGAUCAUUGCUCUGAUGUAGACUACACCGUGCUGAAUCUAACCACCACCAGGCAGCACAGUCAAUCUGGGUCCCCAUCAACUUGCUUCCUCCCUUGCCUGGUAACGGCUUCAGGAAGCACAGAACUUAUGAUGUAGCCCAUCCUCGGCCUCAGUUAAGCCAAGUGAUGUUGGUUAUUCUUGAAACAUUAGUUCUACAGGGGAGGCCAUUGCUUUGUUAUUGUUACCUUUCUAUUUCAUGAUGCCUACAUUGCAAAACCUUAGCUUUGUAUUUCACUCUUGACAGACCAGGCUUCUCUAUCUUGGUAGUCGACUACUGUUUUUCCCUGGCCCACCAAAUAUACCUACUCUGGGGGUAGGGGUUAAAUUUCCUUCUCGAUGAGCUUUCUUCAAAAGUCAUAUUGCUUCAUGGGUAGAGCAUGAAACUAUCCACUAUGAGGCCUAUUGAUGUGUAAUAAUUAACUCUGUGCUGUCUAACAUACUGUCAAUCAUGGUUGAUCCUUCUCCUUUGCAUCUUGCUUUGCAUUUUACCUAGUCAAUUUGGUUGCACAAGUUCUUGGCCAGGUCUGCCUUGGCUUUUCCUUGCCUGCUUAGAAUACCUGAUUGUCAUUGUGAUGGUUCAAGUAGCUAGUUUUCCUUGCCCCUGUGGGUAUUUCCUAUAGCUUACAUUAUUGAUCGGGUUGUAUCAUUCUCCGCUGAUUUCACAUCUGAUACUGCUGUUUGUAGUUUCUUAGGAUGUAUGUAUUUUUUAUGUUGAUUUCAUUUAUAAUUUGUUUCAUUUUGCUUUUGUCAUUCAGCCUUUUCUGUGUAGAACUACUUCCAUUCUCAGAUCUGUGUAGUUUGUUGGCACUGGACUUCUGUUUUGGCCAUGUUACCAUCUAAGGUGGCAGCCUUAAUAAGUUAGUACAGUUUUACAGAAUUGUGCUUUGUGGGUACUGGCUAUUGUGGCCUAUUUGCAGCAGAUGACACUGCUGCUUAUCCCACGAUGUUCUGUGAGGAGGAACAGUGUUCUGUGGUGGCGUCUGGUCAACCAGCGAGACAUCGGGUACAGGUGUCUUGGGUGUGGAGAACUAUCUAGACACAAAUGUUUGAGCACAUAUUGUUGUAGUCGUUGAUGUUGGAGCAUGCAGAUACGUUGAUGAAUAAGCGGUAAAAGAACAGGCAGGAUAUACUGCUAAGCAGGAGAUUACCGUAACACAAGACUGUAUAGGUAGUUGUGGGAUUUAUUGAUAGGAAAUGGAGUUAAAUUCGUAGAAAAAUGCAGUUAAAUAAAAUACUGUAAUUAUAGAAAACUUCACCUAAGUAGUGAAAAUUUCAGUAAAUCAAUGUUUUACUUAAGUUGAAACUUGGUAUAAAAUGGAAGGCAACUUAUUUCUGGUUUUAAUACAGAAAUUAAGUGUUUUAUAUUUUUGGUAAAUGUUAAUAUAGUAUAGUGCACUUUAUACUGAUACAGGAUAAUAAAAUUUGAGUACUAUACUUGAUGACCUCGUGUAUAUACACAGUGUAAGAUAAAGAUUGUGUUUAGUUAGUUAUUUUACAUUCAUAAAAUGUAUAAAUUUCUUAACACAUGCAUUGUAAUUUUAUAUUCUUUUUAAAUUGGGCUCCAUAGUCCCAUAUUCCCAAAUCUAUUGCCAGAAGCACACUAGCAGAAUUGUCAGUAGCAUGUGCCAAAUUAUAGCUAUCAUUUUUUGUAGCCUUGAGACAUUUAGACAGUCAUCAGGGCUGAUAGAAUUGAGUUCAAUUUGUCGGAGGAAUAAGUAUUAUGUAGGUUAGGUUUAUACUAUUAGAAUUAGAUGCUCUUUUGUUUCAAUUACCUUAUAUUUAUGGCAUGUACAUAGCAUCUAUUCUGGUGAGGAGGCUCAUUUUUACAAUAAAUAUGCAGUAAA